AUGGCGUCUACCGAGUCUGGAGCAGAUGUUCCUACUUCAUACUACAACGCUCCAGCUAGUGAACCGAUGCCAGCAGAUCCUGUUGAUCAGAGGGCCGACUGGAGUUGGGAUUCUUCAGAUUGGCGCUGGGGAGAUCAAUGGGCAAUAGGGAAGUGGUAUCGUCCUUAUGACUACUACUAUCACGACCACUGGUCUUGGGGUUCAAGGGCCGAGUGGAACAACAGUUCUUUUGAGUCUUCUCGUGGUUCUCAAGGGGAAGGCGAUGGCGAUCACGGCUCGGGUCCUCGCUCAGAUGAUUAUCCUGCUCAUGAGGCGGCAGGCAACGACGGCGAGGCGCAGAGCAACAGGAGGGGCUCUUGGAAUUCUUCAGGGACCGGGACCGGGGAUGCAUCUACGAGGGCGACUUCGGGAGGUGUUAGUGCGGACCAGGGUGCCCCCGCGAACAAGGGCUCGUUCAGUGAAAAGAUGGCGGUUCCCAGUUUUGAUGCUAGCAGUACAGGUGACGAGUUGGGUGUGAGCGCUCGCUCAUACCUGAGGCAAGUCGAUGCCUGGGUGAAAGUCACUCGGACUCCCAAGGGGCAACAGGCGUUGCUUCUGUAUCAGCACUUGUCCGGCCGUGCUUGGGUUGAAUCAGAAGAGCUCAGUGUAGAUGCUCUAGCUGGCGAGACUGGAUUGAAGGUGCUUUGGGAUUGGAUUCAAGAGCGCUACCAGGAGGUUGAGGUUUCGAAGAUUGCGGAGAGCCUUACAGCAUUCUUCAGACGUCUCAAGAGGCAGCCUGGACAGACUAUUCGCGAAUUCAACUCGGCAUUCGACAGGAGCCAUUCUCGACUUCUGGAGAUAGAUUGUCGUCUACCGGAAGUUGCCAAGGCAUGGGCCUACUUGAGCGCAUUGAGCUUGAGCAGUUCGGAAGAGCUGGCGUUGCUUGCUUCGGUUGGUAAUGACUACAACACGUCGAAGCUCCAUCGGGCAGCAGUGUUACAUGAGAAAUCGCUUCGCCAACCAUGGCAACCUCGGAAAGGAUUCGGAUCUGAAGGAAAAGGGGUUUAUAAGGCUACCUACUUGACGGGGAUCGGGGAGGUUGAUGAAGAUGAUGACGAGAUCCCCCCGGACGGUGAUGAAUCUAUGGCCGAGGAAGAAGCGAUCCUCCUGCACGAAGCCUUCGUUGCACAAGAAACGGCCAAAUCCAAAUACCGAGAAGUCGCAAAGGCCCGCGGCGUGGAUCCUAGAGUCAUGAAAGACAACCGAAAGGCAUCAGAGAGCAGCGACAAGGCCAUCGAGGACCGCCUCGCACAGGCUAAGGCACGCUCCUUUUGCGCCGAUCAGCAGGCCCAUGUGACAUCGAUUGCUGAAGAAGGCUCGGUGGGCUCAGUGGUUCAGGUCGCUUACGAGGUGGGCGAUCUCGGAGGCGGCAAGCUCCUGGCAAUCACAGACACCGCAUGCAGUAAGACUGUUACGGGUCAGAAGUGGCUUGAGGACUACUUGAGGCUGGCGAAGGCUUCCGGGAUCGAGACACAAUUCCUCAACGCCCAAGAUGACUUUCGAUUCGGGGCAUCUAGGCUCUUCAAGGCCACGUAUACCGCAUCGAUUGUGAUGGAGGUCAACGGUAAGCACUUCGUUGUCAGAGCAUCUGUUGUUGACGGAGAAGUCCCACUCCUCCUCAGUAGAAGGGCCUUGAGCAAACUCGGCAUGAUCUAUGACAUCGAGAACCACACUGCUAGGUUCAAGCACCUGGGGAUUGAUCCCUUCAGACUCCUUACGACCGACAACGGCCAUCCUGCCAUCCAGGUGAACCCUAGCGCUUUUGCGGGUCAGAAACUCCCGUCUCCCCAACACUGGGAGGAUGACGAAGUGCAGCUCCUUUCGAUGAGUGCGCAAUACAUGACUCACUCGGUUUGCAUGACUUCUGAGAUUGCACCUCCAGAUCAACGUGAAACGGUCACAACUAAGAGCAACAAGUUCCCUCGCGAAGGACCGCUGCGCCAGCUUGCACCACAGAUCUUCUACCCGAAGAAGAUAGAUGCUACGGUGCGAAAUAUGUUGUGUGCGACCCCUCUGAAUUCAGAUCUCUUCGCCGCUUGGUGGGGUCGGACUCCGAUUUCAAAGGACUUCUGGAUCGAGACGGCUAGUGCUUUGAUUCGGGUUCACGUUGUCCCAAGACGAGGUUUCUUCGAUCCGACACAGUGGUCUACACACCAGGAGAAUGUCAAGCAGGAGUUACUUCGUGCCAUUGGUGAAGUUAGGAGCACUUCAGCCGUGUCAUGCGGUAGUCUCCAUGCAAUGCAACAAAUUCACGAUGCGUGGAGAUCAGACUCGAACACCAGCCAUCCGGUGCUUUGGAUCGGGAGAACCAUCUUUUCUAGAGCUUCGGGUAGCGAGCCUGCGGCCUCCUCUCCCCCUAGUGCGAAGCAUAGCUCCACCGACAAUGUCAUCAUCCUCGACUCCCACGGAGAAUGUGUGGCACAUGACAAAGGCACAGCUCCUCUCGAAGGCGACGGCGAUGAACAUUACAGCACACCCCAGCUGGAGCACAGGAGAGCUGCGGCAGUUGAUUCAGGAAAAGAAGAGAGAGAUGGGGGACACGUCGUCUGUCCCCAAGGGACUUUCUUCGAUGAACAAAUCCCAACUGCUCGAACAGUUCCGGAGGGGGCGACCAAUGGGCUCCUCGCGCUCAAGAUUCGAGACUCUUGUACGAAACACAAGGGCGACGCCAUUGUGGCGUUCGGACGACACAAAGGGAAGCUCUUCAAAGAAGUACCACAGAGCUAUCUCGAGCGGGCAGUCAAGGAGGUUCGACAGCGAGGUCCAGACGGGUCGAGUGCGGAUCUUGUGAGCCUGAGUAUCUAUGCGAAUCAGGUGCUCCAGAAGACGAAUCCCAUCACCGAGGAUCCCGAGGAGAAUGCUUUGGUUCCCAUUCCUCUGGAGAGCUCUUCGGCAUCAUCGUGGAGCGAGGUGUGGAGCGAGCUGACGCCGGCGGCCAAGGGGAUGAAUCGGAAAGUGGAUACGGAGAGGGCUCCUUCUUCCAAGAGAACACCGGAUCAGGGCAACCAUGGGGAGACCGAGGCGGAGAAGAUGAUCCAGGAUGUGCCCCCGGGCGUGAAGGCAGAGGUGGAGGAGCUGAUGGCGCGACUGGCCUCGUUGCGCGACAAGUACAACAUCUGA